GUUGUAUCCAGAGUUUCAUAACAUUCGUCGCCGGUUGGAUUUUUGUGGUCCAAAACAGCUAAAUAAUGGCCAACAGCAGGCUAGAAAAGAUCGGGACCAUCAUCACGAGAACCCAAGGAUUGUUGAAAUCGGGUGCGCUGAAGUUCGAUGAGCGGCCUCUGUGGUACGACGUGGUGACAACCUUCCCGCCCAAGGAAGAACCACGUUUCGAUCGCCCCGCACCCAGAGUGGAUGUGCGGCCAAUAUUCUAUCAAGAGGAUGCAAUCCGGGCGAAGUUCCACAAAACCAGCAAAGCAACUUAUACAGUUAACUUGGCGGACUUUAGCAAUCGUACGGCAACUCAGCAAUUUAUCGAUAUACAUCGGGACCUCUCAACCCAGGGCGCGUUGGAUGAAGAGAAGGUUUUUGAAACGGCCCUCGAUUUGCUGGAAGACAAAAUGCGCCAGCAGCGAGAAAAACGAGCGGCCACAACCGAAGUGGCGGAGGAAACCGUGAAGACGCCGGUCAAGGAAGAUGUGGGGAAAACGGUGAAGUUACAAGACAUUUUCAGCGAUUGAAAGUGUGCCCGCUACUCGUUUAGUCGUAAAAUAUAAAAAUCCAAAAUCU